GGGGCCUGCCCUGCCCCCCUCCAGGCCAUGAUGAUUCUGCAAUUAAUCAUGUUUGCUCUGGUGACAGGACAUGUAGGGGGAGAGACCAGGAUCAAUAAAGGAUAUGAGUGCUCUCCUCAUUCCCAGCCGCCCUGGCAGGCGGCUUUGUUCCAGAAGACACAGCUGCUCUGUGGGGCAACCCUCAUCGCCCUCAAAUGUCUACUGACAGCAGCCCACUGCCACAAGCCCUGAUAUGUAGCUCAUCUGGGAGAACACAACCUCCAGUGACGGGAUGGCUGUGAGCGCACCCGAGCAGCCACUGAGUCCUUCCCCCACCCAGACUUCAACAGUAGCCUGCCCAACAAAGCCCACUGUGAUGACAUCACGCUCCUGAAUAUGGCGGCCCCAGCCUUCGUCAUCUGGGCCGUGCGACACAGGGUGUCAUCACACUGUAUCACUGCUGGCACCCGCUGCCUCAUUUCCGCCUGGGGCACCACGUCCAGCCCCCAGUUGCACCGUCCCCAUACCUGGCGAUGUGCCAACAUCACCAUCUUCGAGCACAAGUUGUGUGAGGACGCCUACCCUGGGAACAUCACAGACACCAUGGGAUGUGCCAGCGUUCGAGAAGAGGGCAAGGACUCCUGCCAGGGUGAUUCUGGGGGCCCACUGGUCUAUAAUGGGUCUCUUCAAGGCAUCAUCUCCUGGGGCCAUGAUCCAUGUGCUGUCAGCAGAAAGCCCAGGGUUUACACAAAGGUCUGCAAAUAUGUGGACCGGAUCCAGAAGACUAUAGAGAACAAUUAG